ACCAAGAGGAUCCACAAUCCUCCUCCAGCCUCACUGAGACUCCAGGCUCCGUCUCUUCCAGCUCUCCGCAGCCAUUAUUUUAUUUACUAAAUGCCCGUAUCCCUCCGCAGGGUCAGAGAGUAUUUUGAAGAAAUUGCCAAACGCUUUUUACGUGGGAUUAUUUCCCCCACGUGCUGUUAUCGACGGUAUCGAUCAGCUGAUAGAUUCACCGAACAUCGCUCCGUCGACGAGUCGCGUCGAUGCUGGGAAAGAUUCGCGUGCGGUAGUGUUUGGCAGAGAAUGUCAUCAGAGGAUAAGACUGUGGAGCCCUCUGACCAGGGACCCUCACCGCCCUCCAGCAGUGUAGGGGCCACGUCCACAGAAAGUCCUGCCCACUCAGACAAGCGACCACGUGGCAGGCCACGCAAGGAUGCUGCUGCCAUCCUACCCCAGGCGCCACCCUCAUCCACACCGAAGAACAGAAAGAAGGGUCGCACCAGAGGAAGGCUUGCCGUAGAUGAGGAAGACAGUAUGGACGGGACUGAGAUAACGGAGUCCAUAGGCACUCAGGACACAGAAACACAAAUCCUGCCAGUGGAGGCCGUGGAAGUUGUGACCAGUGAGGUGCCAGAGAAGGACGAUCCCUCUUGCCCUCUGGCCCAGAGCCCUCCAGCUGAGAAUUCAGCAGGACCAUCUGUCCCAGGAAGUAGAGAAGUCAAAAGCAGUGAGCGUCUCUGUGCCUUCUGUUACUGCGGUGGCCAUAGCCUGCUGGGUCAGGGGGAUCUGCAAGUAUUCAGUACCACGCCUCAGCUUGAAGCACUAUUCAGCCAAAAGGGUGGAGGUGGCUUGACAAGUGAUAGCAGUGAUGGUGAUAAAACCACUCAGUCAAAAAUGGCUGGAGAGACCACCUCAGGACAGAGGGAAAAGACGAAUGUGUCUGAAAGCUGUGAGGAAGAACCAGACCCAACCAGUCGAUUUUGGGAUGAAUUGUCUCAUGUUGGCCUUCCACAAGAUCUUAAAGUCCAGUCUGUCUUUGAGUCAGGGCAAUGCUGGGCACAUCAGAGUUGUGCCUUGUGGUCCGAAGGUGUUUGUGAGGGCGAGGGACAAUCUCUGCUUAAUGUGGACAGAGCCAUUGACUCAGGGAGCACAAAGCACUGUGCAUACUGUAAGCGCCUUGGAGCAUCCAUUAAGUGCUGUGCUGAAGGAUGUGCUCAACUUUACCAUUACCCCUGUGCAGGGGCAGCUGGGACAUUUCAGGAUAUCGGGAGUCUCUCUCUCCUCUGCCCAGAACACAUUGAAUUGGCCCUUGACAAAUUUGUAGAUGAUGUAAAUUGUGCACUUUGCGAUAGUCCAGGGGACUUACUGGACCAGCUCUUCUGCACCAGUUGUGGUCAGCAUUACCAUGGAAUGUGCCUGGACAUGGCUGUGACCCCUCUAAGGAGGGCAGGUUGGCAGUGUCCCGAGUGCAAGAUCUGCCAGACCUGCAACAACCCAGGAGAGGACACUAAAAUGCUGGUGUGUGACAUGUGUGACAAAGGCUACCAUACCUUCUGUCUGCAACCUGCCAUGGACUCUCUUCCCACCAAUGGAUGGAGGUGUAAGAACUGCAGAGUUUGCAUCCAAUGUGGAACACGUACCAGCGGGCAAUGGCACCACACCAGCCUGCUGUGUGAGAACUGCGUCCAAAACCAGGACCCUGCUUUGUGCUGUCCGACGUGUACCUGCAUCCUGGACCCUGAGCAUCACAAAGACUUACUGUUCUGCCACACUUGUAAAAGAUGGCUACACCUAGAGUGUGAGCGUCAGAACUCAGGCCAAGCAGAUAUCCACCCAAGAGAGGACUAUGUCUGUUCCAACUGCAGGUCCCCUGCUGCAGAGCAGGCGCUACAGGCAGAGGAUAUGGAUACCGGCCCAGAGCUCAGUCCCCAGCCUGCCUCCAUGCACACAGACUCUGAGACUAGCCUACAACUGUCUCAAAAGCACACGGACCUAGAACCUGGCACUCAGCAGCCUCCUGAAAUGCACAAUGACCCCAAACCGGAAUUACUUGCUGUUCCAUUGCACUCAGAUCCAGAGCCUGCUCAGGCUACUGUCCAGGAGGAGAAGCAGGCUACGUCAGCCCAGAAGCCUGAAGUCUCAGCGGAAGCAGAAGCUGAAAAGCAGGUUACUGAACCCUCUGUCAACAAAAUCCUCACAGAAUUCAAACCAGAAACAAAACCAGCAGCAAGAACCCAGCUCACAUCUCCAGAGAGUCCUGCAUCUUCAUCUUCUCCCUGCCAGGAGUCGGAGUCUUUUCCCACCCAGCUCUCUCAGGAGGCACUACAAACACAGGAUACCACGUUACAAAUCAAACCAGCAAAGACAGAGGCCUGUCCUGAACAGGACAUGGCCAACCCCAGCACAAAGGAUUUUAAGGCCAUCAUCUCAGCCACCAAAGAACCAAGUACUGCAUCAGUACCUUUCACGGACCAACCAGUGGAAGUCUCUCUACCCCAGCCUUCAAGUAUGGAUGUUGUCAGGACUUCUUUUCUGGAAAUCGCUCCAAAAGACAUUAAUAAGGAGACGAGGGAGGGUAUUUUUCACAGAAACCUGGCAGAAACUGUUACGCCCUCAGCCUCUAGUACAUCAGAGGAGAUGGACACCACACCAGAAAGCAAGCCUGAUCUCUCAUUUCCCAGCAUGUCUUCAGAGGAGAAACCUCUCAAGACAUCUGUGGAGAGGUUGGCUGAAAUGGUUUCCUCUCCCUCCCACUCCUCCCCUCUGCUUCGCGGGAUUUCUCCCAGAGAACCACAGCAGGACCCGAUCCUACCUUCGCUGGGUGACCACGGCAGCGUGAUGUCCACCACCACACUCAUACCACUCACCCCAAAGAUUGGAAUGGGAAAGCCAGCUAUCACCAAGAGGAAGUUUUCUCCUGGGAGGCCAAGAGUUAAACAGGGUGCAUGGAGUCCCCAUAGCAGUGUGAGCUCCCCCUUGUCCUGGUCGCCAGACCAGCCAGAGGGGUGGGACGUCCUAAAGACCAGGCAUUCCUCUGGCAGCCCCGGCUGGAGCAUCAGAGUGGGUCGAGGUUCGGGCUUCCCAGGGAGGAGGAGGCCCAGAGGGGCUGGUCUAUCAGGUAGACCUGGACGCGGCAGGGCCAGAGGCAAGAAUGGAGUGAGUCCCAGCAUCAAUCCCGGGAUCACCACAAUAGAAACACCAUACCCAAUGAAAGAGGAGGAAGAGAAUGCCAUGCAUAACACAGUGGUCAUAUUCUCCAGCAAUGACAGUUUCACACUGAAACAGGAUAUGUGUGUGGUGUGUGGGAGUUUUGGCCUUGGUGCAGAAGGCCGUCUUCUUGCCUGUGCUCAGUGUGGCCAGUGCUACCAUCCAUUCUGUGUCGGCAUAAAGAUCAAUAAGGUGGUGCUGAGUAAAGGCUGGCGUUGUCUGGAGUGCACAGUGUGCGAGGCCUGUGGUCAGGCCACAGAUCCUGGCCGCUUGUUGCUAUGUGAUGACUGUGACAUCAGCUAUCACACCUAUUGCCUGGACCCUCCACUGCAGAACGUACCCAAGGAGAGCUGGAAGUGCAAAUGGUGUGUGUCCUGUACCCAGUGUGGUGCCACAACACCGGGCCUAAGGUGUGACUGGCAGAAUAAUUACACUCGGUGUGCCCCCUGUGCCAGCCUUCUAACAUGUCCCAUUUGCCUAGUGGACUACAAUGAAGGCACUGUCAUCGUGCAGUGCCGCCAAUGUGACAGAUGGUUUCACGCCUCUUGUCAGGGUCUCCAUUCAGAGGACGAUGUGGAAAAAGCUGCAGACAGCAGCUUUGACUGCACAAUGUGCCGAACUUUUAAGACCACUAAAGUUGUGACCAAGGCCAGAGAUGCCAUUGAGCCUGUAGUGAUGACGCAGAUUGUCACAAAGGCAAAAGAAAUUGAUCUGUCAAGGACCUACACCCAGGACGGCGUUUGCCUGACAGAGUCGGGGCUGUGUCAGCUGCAGAGCUUGUCUGCCACAGCUUCACGGCGCAGGAAACCCAAGCCGAAGCUGAAGCUAAAAAUCAUAAACCAAAACAGUGUUGCAGUGCUUCAAGCUCCUGUAGAUCCCCUCUCAGAACAUUCUCGUGAUGAAGACAUGGAGGACAACAGAGAGGCGGAGCUCAUAGAUUGCGAGGGGAAGUCUGACUCGAGCCCCGAGCGAGAGCCAGCAGAAGAUGACUCCAAGGGGGGCGACGGCGGCAAGAAGAGGAAGAGGAAACCGUACCGGCCGGGCAUUGGUGGUUUCAUGGUCCGCCAAAGGAGCCGUCCAGGCCAAGGUCCAGGCAAGGCCAAACGCUCCCUCUGCAGAAAAGAUUCCUCUGGCUCAGUGUCAGAGAAUCCUGUUGGAAAGGACGAGGGUUGGACAGAAGCAAUGCCUGACACUCCUGUGGAAGAGAUCCCCCCUGGACCGGAGGUCCAAGAAAAAAUAAAGAAACGUUACAGAAAGAAGAAAACCAAACUGGAGGAAGCCUUUCCCACCUAUCUGCAGGAGGCAUUCUUUGGAAAGGACCUGCUGGACAAAAGCAAGCAGAGCAGGCAGCAGGGGGUCGAGUCAGGUUUACUGGAAGAAGGGCAAAGCCAUGUGGAGAGGAAGCACCCCGCCACCGGCUUCCUGGACCCUUCAUCAUACACUGUGCACAGUGCAUCAGCAACAUCCCUUCCUGCCAGACCCACAGCAACACAGACGUCUGAGGAACCAUUAGUUGAUCUAUCUGAUGUUCUGAACACUGAUGCAGACAUCUUGGGAAUGCUCGGAAAGCCAAGCAAUGACUCUGGUCUUGAUUUUUGCUCCUUCCAGGUUGACAGCUCACCUACUCCUUUUGCUGGUCUGGACAUCGGGCCCCUGACAGACAGUUCCCCAGUGGCGACCCAGUCUCAGGCUGGCCGGAGGACACCUCGCACCCUCCCAGAGGAACCCCUGGACGGCAUUCUCAGCCCAGAACUAGACAAGAUGGUCACUGAUGAAUCAAUUCUCAGCAAACUUUACAAAAUUCCAGAGCUGGAAGGUAAGGAUGUAGAGGAUCUCUUCACUGCAGUCCUUAGCCCAAGCACCAGCCAACCUCCUCCACCACCACAGGUGCCUCACCCCCAGGGUCCAGGGCCCCUCCCUGGCACUAGCAUGCCUCACCCCAAUACAGGGAAUCAAAUGUUUCCAAGGAUGCCAAUGAUAAAUGGUAUGAUGGGACCAAACCAACGUUUCCCAGCAAAUCCAGGAGUAGGUCCCUGCAUCCCAGAAAAUUUCUCUCCCCUUAACCGUAUGCCUUUCACUGACAAUCCAAGGGAUAGAAAAUUUAAUCAGAUGCCUAGAGAGGCAGUUAGUCAAUGGCCCUCCCCUGCCCAUUGCCCUGGCCCUACAACCCCUGGACCUCUGCCUGAGGGGGAGACUGAAGCCAUGUCAAAUGCCCAAAGGAGUACACUCAAGUGGGAGAAGGAGGAAACACUUGGAGAGCUAGCCACUGUCGCACCUGUCCUUUAUACCAAUGUCAAUUUCCCCAACCUCAAAGAGGAAUACCCAGAUUGGUCUACAAGAGUAAAGCAAAUUGCAAAACUUUGGAGGAAAGCUAGUUCACAAGAUAGGGCCCCAUAUGUGCAAAAGGCAAGAGAUAACCGAGCUGCCCUGCGCAUCAACAAAGUCCAGAUGUCGAAUGAGACGGUGAAGAGGCAACAUCCACAGCAACAGCCCCCUGAGGUGUUUGAUCCCAACAUACCACUAGACACAGAACUGCUGUUUAAAGACCCUUUGAAACCAAAAGAGUCAGAGCAUGAACAAGAGUGGAAGUUUAGACAGCAAAUGAGGCAGAAAAGCAAACAGCAAGCCAAAAUUGAAGCCACUCAGAAACUGGAGCAAGUUAAGAAUGAGCAACUCCAGCAACAACAGCAGCAACAGCAGCAGACCAACAGUCAGUCAGAGGAAGACGGCAACAACAGUGGGAACCAGAGCCCAGCCUCACAGCCCAGCAAUGGCAGCAUGUCCCCCAUGCAGCAGCUCAACUCUAAAGAUGCCUUUGCCAGGCCACAGCUACCAGGGACACCUACUUCAGGCCCUCCGGAAGAUGUGUUCUUAAGACCCCCUCCUCCCCCUCCAUCUGGCCCUUCUUCCCAACCUCAGUCCCCACAGGUAUUCUCACCAAGCUCCUCGGGUUCCAGACCCUCUUCUCCAUGGGACCCAUAUGCCAAGAUGGUUGGAACCCCAAGACCACCAACUCUUGGGCCAAAUGCAUGUCGCAGAAUGGCAGUGGAAUCUGGUAAAUCCCCCACUGCCUUGAUGGAGCAACAAGACAGAGGUCGGCCCUCUCCUGCUCAUGAAUCUUUUGGCUCUCCAACAUCCAUGAGCAAUGAUCCUUAUGCCAAACCUCCUGACACCCCAAGGCCAACUGGGGAUAUGGACCCUUUUUUGAAGCCCAUGGGUCCGCCAAGGGCAAGUCAGGCUGCUCAGGGAAGACCCCCAAUGGGUUCUCCGGGCAGAGAAUCCUACUCAAGGCCCAUGAUAAGAAAUGAGGCUUAUCAGCGCAUGGCCCAGAAUAGGAUGAUUUUGUCUGACCCUUAUUCAAGACCAUUACUAACACCAAUCCCCGGAAGUAAUGAGUCUGGCUCUGUCCCUCUAUUCAAAACACCUAUGCCUCCUCCUCAGGCUCAGGAUCACUUCAGUCGUUCAGGUCCUCAUCCUUCUGACAGGUUCUCCCAGAAUCAGCUGAAUGACCCCUUUUCUCAGCCUACCAAUACGCCAAGACCAUCUGGGAAUGACAACUUCACCAGUCCUCCUAGAAUGGUCCAGCAUCACUCUCAGGGGCACUCAUUUUCUCAGCCAGGACCAAUGACUCAAAUGUCUAGAAAUCCCUAUGCUCAUGCACCUUCCACUCCAAGGCCUGACCAUUUUACGUAUGACCCCUUUGCCCAACCCUCUGGUCCCAGCAAGCAAGCUGCUGACCCUUUCUCUCAGUCUACAGUUAACCAACGAUCCAUCAAUGACCUCAGUGGUCAACCGCGUCCAUUUUUUGAGCCAUAUGCCCGGCCCCCCGGCACCCCACGUCCACAUGACAACUACGGUCAGCCAUCAAACACCUCUAGCCCAUCUUCAGACCCUUAUUCACAGGCUCCUGCUACCCCACGACCCAUUGGGAUGAACCAGUUCACUCACCAGUCGCACCCUGGACAGAGGAUGUCACCUUCCCACUCAGUAGACCCUUAUGCUCAGCCACCAGGUACUCCACGGCCCUCAGUGGGGGAGAGGUUUUCCAAAUCACCAGGCAGCCAAAGGGGGCCAAUUGAGCCAUUUACUAGCACACCUGGGACGUCACGACCAGGAAGUAGUGACAUGUUUCCUCAGCCUGGGGUCCCAAGAACAAUGCUGAAUGACCCUUAUGCGCAGCCUCCAGGUACCCCGCGGCCUGGUCCUGAUGGCCUCGGCAGACAAGGGCCCAGGCCAGGACCAAUGGGAAGCCAGGACCCUUUUCAACCACCCCAAGGCAGGCUUCAAGAGCCCUUUGUUCAUCCAGGCUCACUAACACCAAAACACCUGAGUGUGUCUGAAGAUGGAUUUACUCAGUCACCUUCAAGAAGACUCAAUCAGACACCUGUCCAUGACCCAUUUGAACAAGCCCCCAUGACCCCUCAUCCACAGUCAAUAGAGAAAAUGGAAAUGAAAGAUCAGUCAGGUGUGGGUAACAAUGGAGCUAUCCCUCAAGACCCAGGCCAACUGUCUAACAACCCACACAUGCCUGGUGUGUCUUCUGAGGCUCAGGGUGUUGCUCUUGCUGAGAGCGAGGAAAGACUCAGACAGAGACAACGAAUUCGAGAACUAAUCCUAAAGCAGCAGCAACAGAGGAGUGCAAUUCGACAGGAGAGGGGCCCUCAGGACCCUGCUGGAAGCAUAACUCCAGGAACGCCACGACCCUGGCCUCAGGAGGGCCCUGGGCAGCAGGGGGAAAUGUUCAACCGACCUCCUCCACCUUAUCCUGGACAAGGACCCAUGAGAGGGCCAAUGAGAUUUCCUGGACAUUUUCCAGGGGAUCAGCGUGUCUCUUUCCCUAAUGAGGGACAAAUGCCUCGGGGCCCACAUCCUCCUAAUUUGAGACACCAGGGACCCAGGUUUGCAUUUCCACCUGGGGUUAUUGGACCACAUGGACCUCAAGAGUACUUUCCCCGGGGACAACACCCAAUGCAGGAUGUCCCUCCUCAAAUGAGACGCUCCAUAUCUGCAGAAAUGGCAAACAGCAUGGGAGGCAACCACAUAGGGCUACCCCAACACUUCCCACCACGGGGUAUGCCAGUGCAACAGCACAAUAUAAUGGGCCAGCCUUUCAUUGAAUUGCGACACAGAGCUGCAGACAACAGGUCACGCAUGCCAUUUCCAACAGGUGCCAUGCAAGGCAGCAACAUCGAUCCCAGCAUGCAGGUUCUAAGGCCAGUGGGCUUUCCAGGAGCCCCUGAUUCCAGGUUCCCCUUAAAUCAGGGGUCCAGGAUGUUAGACCCCAUGACCUGUCAGACUGGCCAUGUACAGAUGUCUGCCAGCAUGGACAAUCUUCAUCAGCAUACACAAAUGGCAGGAAAUAACGCAAUCAAACAGUCUCUUUUGAUGAGAUCCAUGAGCCAGCCUGCUUCAAAUGAGACCCAGAACAUGGCUACGUCAAUGACCCUGAGUGCACCCCCUGCUGGUCAGACUGAGACUGUCCAUGUGGCCGGCAGUGAAGCUGUGGAGGAGAAACUGGAUACAGAGGAAUCUGCAGUCAAAGAUCUUGAGGACGUAGAGGUGAAAGAUUUAGUGGAUGCAGACUUAGAAAACCUAAAUUUGGAUCCUGAAGAUGGGAAAGACCUCGAUCUGGAGACUAAUGACCUACACCUUGAUGACUUCCUAACAUCUGGGAAAUUUGACAUCAUUGCUUAUACAGACCCUGACCUAGAUGACAUCAAGAAGGACAUGUUUAAUGAUGAACUGGAUCUCAGCGAUCCUAUGGAUGACACCGCAGACCUCAACAAAAGCUCGAGCAGUGAAACUGAGGCUUCGUCCAGUUCAGCAUCUGGAAUGGCAAAGUCAGAGACCUUGUGUGAGCAAUCCUCAGCCAACAUCAAACUGGAAGCCCCAGGGAAUCAGGACUCUGGUUCUUUAGCACCUGGGAAAGAAAUUAAAACAGAGGUCAAAGACUGUCAGAAAGCACCUGAGGUGGUAGACCAGCAAUCUGCUGGAAACACCUUAACCUCGAAUCAGCAGGGAGUGCUCUCUGACUCCACCCCAGUCCUUUCUAGUUUACUCAUUAAGCAGCAGCCUGAGGAGCAGUCAUUAAAUCCAAUUGUUGAAUCUGUCAGUCAUGGAGGUAACCUCAUACCCCAGCAGAACCAAGUCACUGACACUCAGCAUACCUCAGGACUUGCAAUGAGUCAAACAAUAUCCGACGACACCACUGCAGGAGAAGCUUCUAUGACUGGCUUUGGAGCAGACCACCAGGUGGGGCUAACCCCUGGAGUGGACCAGAGCAGUCUGACUCAGCAGGCAAUUUUGAGCCAGGAAUUGGAUCAGCAUGGCCAGUUACAUCGUCCUCUUCUGCUGGAGGAGCAGCCACUCCUGUUGCAGGACCUCCUAGACCAGGAGAGGCAGGAGCAGCAGCAGCAAAGGCAGAUGCAAGCCAUGAUACGACAGCGUUCCAGUGACUCCUUCUUCCCUAACAUUGAUUUUGAUGCCAUCACUGAUCCCAUCAUGAAAGCCAAAAUGGUUGCCCUAAAAGGCAUCAACAAAGUCAUGGUUCAAAACAACAUGGGGAUGACCCCGAUGGUCAUGAACAGAUUCCCUCCCGUUCCUGUUCCACCUUCUCCUGAAAGUGCACCACCUCCUCCACAACCUGUUGGACAGGAUGGGAAAUUGACACAAGUAGUAAGACCAACUCCUCCAAACUUUGGACCAGGAUUUGUCAACAAUGCUCAGAGGGCUCAGUACGAGGAGUGGCUCCAGGAGACGCAGCAACUACUUCAAAUGCAGCAGAAGUUUCUAGAAGAGAAGAUCGGUGCUCACAGAAAGUCUAAGAAAGCCCUGUCUGCUAAGCAGAGAACAGCUAAGAAGGCAGGGAGGGAAUUCCCUGAGGAGGAUGCUGAGCAGCUCAAACACGUCACAGAGCAACAGGGUGUAGUGCAGAAGCAACUGGAGCAGAUCCGCAAGCAGCAGAAGGAGCAUGCUGAACUUAUCGAGGAGUACAGAGUGAAACACCAGCAAAACAAUAUGACACCCAUAAUGCCUGGGAUGCACCCAAUGCCAGGUCCUGCAGGCAUGGUCGCUAGUGUACCACCCAUAGUUCAGCCUCCUAUGAACCCCAUGAUGCAGAUGGCACAUCAUCCCAGCCAGGGAAAUGCACCUCCACGUAUGCCCAACCCACCGCCUGGCUGGCAUCCAGGUGCUCCCAUGCCCAUGGGCGGACCAGGCAUGCCCCCAAUAAUACCCCCCCAGGUACCUGUAGGAAAUCCAGGUCAGCCUCAUCAGAUGCCAAUGGGUAACAUGCCUCAGCACUCACAAAUGCCUGUGGAGCCCCAAGCUGCACCAGCUCCACCAGGUGGUGUAAAACCCAUGCAGGGGGGCGGUGUGAAGUUUGAUGACAACAACCCAUUCAGCGAAGGCUUCCAGGAGCGGGAAAGGAGAGAGAGGCUUAGGGAGCAGCAGGAGAGACAGCGGGUGCAGCUCAUGCAGGAAGUUGAACGACAGAGGGCCCUGAAACAUCGUAUGGAAAUGGAGCAACAAGGGAUGAUGGGGCCAGAUGGAAACAUGGCACCGCUUGCUCAGAUGCCAUUUUUUAAUGCAGAGCUGCCACAAGACUUCAUGCAGCCUCAGAGGCCCCCUCUACAACAACAGCCUCUCGGACCAGUGUUUCCCCAGCAGCAGGGCACUCAGCCUGGAAUGGGCUCACCACCUGGAACGUUCAUGCAAGGUGAAAGAAGGGCCAUGAUGGGCAAUGGUAUGAUGCCUGGGGAUAUGGGACCUGGUUUUGGGCCUGAUAAUAUUGCCCUACAAGCUCCUAACUUCCCCCAGGGUCAGCUAAGGCCUCGUCAGUUCAGUGGACCAGGAAUGAUGCUUCAGAUGCCAGGUGAGAGUCUGCCAUUUGACUCUGCUACACCUCUACCAUCUAACUUCCCAGGCUCAGGUCAGUCUCUUAUCCAGCUCUACUCCAACAUCAUCCCAGAUGAGAAAGGGAAAAAGAAGAGGAGCCGCAAAAAGAAGAAAGACGAUGACGCAGAUUCAGUCAAGACACCUUCAACUCCACACUCUGACCUAACAGCCCCUCUCACACCAUGUGUCUCAGACACCUCCUCAACUCCAACCAGAAACACCCAUCUCUUUGGAGACCAGGACUUGUCAAGGUCCCCAUUACUGGGAUCUUCCACUCCCAGUCACUCAGAGCUGGAAAGACAGCUUUCUGGAGGACAGUCUGGACAACCUGGUCUCUCAUCAGAUGCAGCAAGGACACAGGCACUGGAGCAUGAUCGGAUCCUUAACAACAUAAAGCUGGAGCAGACUGAUGCCACUGACUGUCACGGGCCCAUCGGCUCAGAAAUGAGCUCUGUGAAGGAGGAGGGUAGUAAAGGGAACACAUCUCCCUUCCCUGCAGGGCAAAGUCCAAACAAGGGUGAGGCUGGAAAUGAACUGCUGAAACACCUUCUGAAGAACAAGAGCACACCUCCACCUGGAUUGCCCCAGCAGAGGUCAGAGGAGGAAGACCCUGCAGACUGCAAAGCGCUGUUGAGACAAUGCUCCAUGGACAGCAAUGGGGCGUACUCAGACGGCACCCCUGACUUUCCUGGACCUCUGCUCCCUGAACAGGAGAAAAAGAAAGGGAGGAACAAGAGGGCACCAAAAGGAGGAGAGAAACCUGCCUCUCGCUAUAAGAAGAGGAAGAAGGAUGGAGAUGAGAGGCAACUGAUGCACUCUGGCCCAGACUCUGUAAUAACCCAAAUCAAACAACAGCUCUCCCUGCUGCCCCUCAUGGAGCCCUUGAUUGGGGUCAACUUUGCCCACUUCGCUCCCUAUGGCAGCGGCCAGCUCAAUGGAGAGAACCUCUUAUCUGGUACUUUUGGCAGCGCUUCACUUGAUGGUGUCUCUGACUAUUACUCCCAACUGGCCUACAAGAGUAACCUGAGUAAUCCACCAACACCACCGGCAUCUCUUCCUCCCACCCCUCCUCCCGUAAAUCGACAGAAAAUGAUCAACGGAUUUGCCACAACAGAAGAACUGGCGAGCAAAGCUGCUGCCAUGGUGUCCAAAGGCCUGGUCCCAAAGCCGCUCCAUGUCCCAUUUAAGACUGAAGAAGAUCUACUAGCCAGGGCCAUUGCCCAGGGACCCAAAACGGUGGAUGUUCCAGCCUCACUCCCCACCCCUCCACACAACAACCAGGAGGAGCUCAGUAACAGAGGACAGGAGCCUUGUAAGGACCGGGACACGCCUGACAGUUUUGUUCCAUCCUCAUCUCCUGAGAGCGUGUUUGGCAUGGAGAUCAGUCGCUACCCAGACCUCUCUCUGGUGAAGGAAGAGCCACCAUCCCCCUGCCUGUCUCCUGUCCUCCCCAUGCUUCCUGCACCUGAUGGGAAAGGGUCAGAGGUCAAACUGCAAGAUAUCAAGACUGAGCCAUCUGCAAUGUUCUUCGGCUCCCCCUUUGGCUCGGUGUCUAAUGAUUCCAAACAAAGACUGGUGUCUGUUGCUAUCACUUUGAGACCAGCUGCAGCUGAGAACAUCACAGGUGUAGUGGCAGCCAUUUCAGACCUACUGUGUGUGAAGAUUCCCAGCAGCUAUGAGGUCAGCAGCACCCCAGACAGGGGGCCGCUAUCUAUGUUCAGCGGUGCAAGGGGAGGGCCCCAUGGUAUGGAGCAGCGGCCCCCUAUGCUCUACCAUGGACAGGGAGACAAUGGAGGGCUUCACGGGCGGCCAGGGCAGAUGAUAAGAUCCGGUGGAGCGCAGGGGAUGAUGCAACAGCAGCAUGCUCACCAUUUCCGCUUCCAUCCCAACAGCCCAGGGGCUGCUGUAGCUCGAGGACCUGACCAGAGGACCCCUGCCAGCCCAAGCUGUAAACCCCAGUGGUGCUGCCACUGUAAGGUUGUGGUUCUGGGAAAUGGAGUACAGAAAUCUAACAAAGAUAUGCCUGCUCACAUGAAGGAAUCUGAAGGCCGUUUGAAAUCUGAAGAAGACCUGGUGUUCUGCAGCCACAGCUGCUUCCUUCUCUACUGUUCCUCAUCACCACUGCAGUCUAGAUCAGCCACAGAAACAAAGGAAUCUGUGUCCCUUCUCCCUGCCUCAGAGCAAAUCGAGAGCCUUUCUAAAGCUCAGCACCAGUACAGUAAUAAAAUGUCAUCGCUGGACGUGCAUUGCCUGGCCCAGCUUCAGCCCAAACAGUCUCCCCCUUCUACCCCUAUCCCUUUCCCCACAGCAGGUGAGACACCAAAGAUGGAGACUAAGUCUGACGCCAUCAAAGUGACAGUGAAGCUGAAGGCCCGGCCAAGGUCCAAUGACUGCUGGAACCAGGGAAAAAGACAGAAAGGACUCCGCUGGAGGAAGUGGACUGUCCAAGUAGUGAUACCGAGAGGGAAUUCCCAACUCCCAGAUGAGGAUAAGAUUGAUGAACUCCUCAAGAAACUCGGGGCCUCCCUGCGUCCCCCUGCUUCUCUGCAGGACCACAGACGUUGCUGUUUCUGCCACCAGUUUGGAGAUGGGAACACCGAUGGCCCUGCUAGGCUGCUUAAUCUUGAUCUCGAUGUAUGGGUUCACCUUAACUGUGCACUGUGGUCAACUGAGGUGUAUGAAACCCAGGCUGGCGCCCUCAUCAACGUGGAGCUUGCACUGCGUCGAGGUCAAGCGGUCCGCUGCGCUUACUGCCAGCAGACAGGAGCCACUAGUGGCUGCCACCGCCUACGCUGCACCAAUGUCUACCAUUUUACAUGUGCCCUGCAAGCUCAGUGCACCUUCUUCAAGGACAAGACCAUGCUAUGUCACGCCCACAGGCCCCGGGGAACAGCAGGACAAGCACUUGAGCACGAGCUACGUUGCUUCGCUGUCUUUCGACGUGUCUACGUCCAAAGAGAUGAAGUGCGUCAGAUUGCCACUGCGGUGCAGCAUCCCGAGUUAGGCUACACCUUUAGAGUUGGCAGCCUGGUGUUGCAGGCAAUGGGUCAACUUACUCCUCUACAAAUGGCAGCUUUCCAUUCCACAACAGCCAUCUUUCCAAACGGCUAUGAGGCUUGCCGCAUUUAUUGGAGUAUGCGCCAUGGCAGCCACCGUUGCCGUUACAUCUGCUCUGUUGAAGACAGCCAGGGACUGCCAGAGUUUACCAUCAGAGUCAUUGAACAGGGCUACCAAGACCUGGUCCUGACUGACACCUCUGCUAAAGGAGUGUGGGACAAGGUUCUGGGUCCUGUUGCUGAGAAAAGAACUGAAUCAGGUACUUUGAAGCUGUUCCCUAUUUACCUGAAAGGAGAGGACCUGUUUGGCCUCACAGUCCCUGCAGUCACCAAGAUCACCGAAUCGCUCCCAGGAGUAGAGGCAUGUGACAGGUACUCGUUCCGUUACGGACGUAACCCUCUCCUGGAGUUGCCUCUCGUGUUCAAUCCAGCUGGCAGCGCCCGCGUCCAGCCAAGGACAAACGCCACCUACUCUUCUCUGGUCAUAAGGCCACAAGCACAGGCUGUAUCCACCAGCAACGCCAGGUCUAACCAGAAUGUGGCCCAAGGAGAAGGUGGCGCCCCCCAUAGCAAGCCUCCAGUAGUGCACCCCAGGUCCUCUCAGUACCGCUGGAUGAAGAGUGAGUGGAGAGCCAAUGUCUAUCUUGCCCGCUCCCGCAUCCAGGGUCUGGGGCUGUUUGCUGCCAGAGACAUUGAAAAACAAACUAUGAUGAUCGAGUACAAUGGAACCAUCCUCCGUAAUGAGGUUGCCAUCAGGAAGGAGAAGCUCUAUAGAUCUCAGAACCGAGAAGUGUUCAUGUUCCGCAUCGACAGUGAACAUAUCGUUGAUGCCACUCGAAACGGGGGGCUGGCAAGAUACAUCAACCACUCUUGUGCUCCGAACUGUGUUGCUGAGGUGGUGACAUUUGAAAGGGGUUACAAAAUAAUCAUCAGCUGCGUUCGCAGGGUUGAAAAAGGCGAGGAGCUUUGUUUCGACUACCAGUUUGACACCGCGGAGGUUCAGCACAAGAUCGCCUGCCACUGUGGAGCUCCUGAAUGCAGGAAGUGGAUUAACUGAGAAAAACAACUGACAAAACCUAAAUGCAUUCCUUACUAAAGUGUGUGGAUGCUGUGAUCUCUGCACAGAGAGAGAAAAGGCUUCACAUUGAAAUCAUUUUAUGAACGAGCAGAAGGCCUGAACCCUCGGAGGAGACGAAUGAAUUUACACAUCGGUUCAUUAAGAUCAUGGGGGGGAAACAUUGGUGGAGGAAGGGAAAACGUAAACACAGUAGCAGGAUGUGACUCGUGCCAUAUGUGAGGGGCUCUGUUGUAUGAGAGGCCUCUGUCUGUCUGUAUGUAUCUGUGUGUUUGCUCGGUGUACAUGGGGUGCGGAAUCCACCAGCGAAUGAGAAAGCACUGUGCAGGGUGCGGCCUUAUUGCUUACUAAGGGCAGGCCCUUUUGUUUCAUACUGUUAAUGUAUACCGUAUGACUAAAUGUAGACAUCACUGAAUGAGGAAUGUACAGCAAUGAAUAAUGCGAAGGGAAUAUUAACUUGCACUAAAAAAAGAAAAUAAACAAAAAAACAACACACACACA